ACUGGUACACCUUUGUAUUUACAUCGUGUAUGGAAUGUAAAUAAUUUUUGAAGCAAGUUGGAACAAGUUGGAAGUUCCAAACUUAAAACAAGUUUGAUAUGCUGUCAGUCUGCAAGAUAGCACAAUAAACUAAAAGUGAAAAAUACAUUUAUUCUUUAUUGAUAAUAUAUUUGCUUCAAUAACGUACUUUAACAAAUUAGUCGCAUAAUAACAUUGAUAUUACGUUUGUUCACAAAUACUGAAGAUUAUUGGAGUCAAUUUAUAACCUAGGUAAUUAAAAAUCGUUGAUAAUGUUGAAAAUUGUGUGUUAUGGCUUUUUUAAAAUUGUAUAAUAUCGCAUCUAAUUAUGCAAUAUUUUGUGGACACUUAAACUGGACACUUAAAAGCAUAGGCAGCAAGUUGUCCAAGUUUACAAAUGCUUCUUACGGGGUAAAGCAGUAUUGUUCAGAAUACAAUAUGAAAGUUCUUAAUGUUGCUGAGAAACAUGAUGCUGCCAAAAAUAUCGCUGGUUAUUUGUCACGUGGUACCAGCAGAAAGAGAGAAGGCUUAUCUGUCUACAACAAAAUUUUUGAAUUUAAUACACAAUUGUGGGGCCAAAACUGCCAAAUGGUGAUGACAUCGGUAUCAGGCCAUUUAUUAACUUAUGAAUUUAUAGGAGCAUAUCGUAAAUGGCAAGGCUGUCAUCCAUUGACUUUAUUUGAUGCUCCAUUGUCAAAAUUAUGUUCAGAUGAAAGUUAUAUAAAAAUUAAAAAGACGUUAGAGCGAGAAGUAAAAUUUUGCAAUGCAUUAAUUAUUUGGACAGAUUGUGAUAGAGAAGGGGAGAACAUAGGUUUUGAAAUUAUACAGGUCUGUCAAGCAGUGAAGCCAAAUAUUCGUGUAUACAGGGCAAAAUUCUCAGAAAUUACAAAACCAUCUGUUGAAAGAGCUUUACAAACUUUGGGAGAGCCAGAUAAGGCAAUAAGUGAUGCUGUAGAUGUAAGAAGCGAAUUAGAUUUAAGAAUUGGUGCUGCAUUCACAAGGUUUCAAACCUUAAGGUUGCAAAAAGUGUUCCCUGAUACUCUUAGAGAUAUGCUCAUCAGCUAUGGAAGCUGUCAGUUUCCAACACUUGGAUUUGUAGUUGAAAGAUUUCUGGCGAUUGAUCGGUUUAAGUCUGAGCCAUACUGGAAGAUAAAAGUGACCGAUGAUCGCGAUGAUACAUUUGUAGAAUUCAGAUGGGCCAGAGUAAGAUUGUUUGAGAAAUUGCCUUGCCAGAUUUUCCUGGACAUGUGUUUGGAACGCCCAGAAGCAACAGUAGAGAAAGUAGCAUGUAAGCCGAAAAGCAAAUGGAGACCUUUACCCCUGGAUACCAUUGAACUGGAGAAGCAAGGCUCUCGUAAGUUACGUCUAAACGCAAAGGAGACUAUGAAGAUAGCAGAGAGAUUGUACACUCAAGGUCUCAUUAGUUAUCCACGCACGGAAACUAAUAUAUUUCCGAAGGAAUUGAAUCUGAGAUCUUUGGUAGAACAACAAGUCGGCAAUCAGGCGUGGGGUAAUUUUGCGCAAGGUUUAUUGGAAUCUGGAAUAAAUCCCAGACAAGGGAAGAAGAGUGAUCAAGCGCAUCCGCCUAUUCAUCCCACAAAGUACUCUAACAGUUUGCAAGGAAACGAAGCAAAAGUCUACGAAUUUGUGGUUCGACAUUUUUUGGCUUGUCUAUCGAAGAACGCAGAAGGUCUCGAAACAACGGUGGAGAUCGAUAUCGCGAAAGAAAAAUUCGUGGCUAACGGUCUCAAAAUAAUAGCAAAGAACUAUCUCGAAGUUUAUAUAUACGAUAAGUGGAACAACAAACAGAUACACUCUUACGAGCAGGGACAAGUUUUUCGGCCGACCAGCAUAGAUAUGGUAGAAGAGAAGACUUCACCACCUAGCUUGUUAACUGAAGCCGAAUUGAUUGCGUUGAUGGACAAACAUGGCAUUGGUACGGACGCCACUCACGCUGAUCACAUCGACACCAUCAAAUCCAGACAAUAUGUAGGUUUAACAGACAAUCAAUAUUUCAUGCCGGGCAAAUUGGGAAUCGGACUGGUCAAGGGUUACGACGAUAUGGGAUUCGAAAUGUCUAAGCCGCAUUUGCGCGCCGAUCUAGAAAAGGAUUUACAAUUAAUAUGCCAACGUCAGAAAGAGCCGAAUGAGGUGUUGCAAAAUCAAAUUAACAAAUAUCGCGAGGUGUUCAAAGUGGCGAUGGAACGUGCUAAUCUGAUAGACGCUGCUUUAGCACAUUAUCUUGAAGAGAGACCUACCCAAGCUGAACAAGUACAGUUUGCUCCUGUGGAAGAAGAGAUUGCUAUCUUAAAAUGUCCGAAAUGUGGCUCCAACAUGAUUUUGAAGGAAAGGAGGCAAGGCAGAGGAAAAUAUAUUAGCUGUAUGGGUUAUCCAACGUGUACUAAUGUAAUCUGGUUCCCAGAAGCUGUAGAAGAUGUAGAAAUUUUGAAUGAAACAUGCAAUCAGUGUACAGAAAAUAUGCGCAAAUUGAAAUUCAAAUUAGUGAGAAAUGUUAUACCUUUGUACGGUACUUCUUACACUACUUGUAUAGGAUGUGAUACUACAUUCAACGAAAUGUUAAAUAUUAAAGAGGAUUGUAUCAGACAAAACAGGAGAGCAAAUUACAUUCAAAAUAAUACAAGGGAUACAUCAAGCUCCACCUCAAGUACGUCUCAGUUGCAAGUCACUCAGCGACAGCAACCUGCUUCCAAUAGUACAAGAUCUGUUUGGAAUAAUAAUGACGUUGCCUUGAAUAGAACUUCCGAUACGUCUGGAAGAAGCACACAAAAUCAUAAUUCUCAACCAAAUAGAUCAAAUACUGUCAAUAGAAAUACAACAAUGUCGAAUAACACUAAUGGUGCAAGAUCUGUUCGGAAUAAUAACGAUGUUGGCUUGAUCAGAACCUCCGGCACAUCCGGAAGAAGCGCACAAAAUCAUAAUUCUAACGUUUCUCAGCCAAAUAGGCCUGUUAACAGGACUGUUAACAGAAAUACGAAUAACAGAGGCAACUUUGAUUCUUGGGAUAACUCCUGGGACAAUUUUAAUACGGAUGACUUUAACAGUUCAUGGGACGGAUCAAAUCAGUCUGCGUCUAGCAAUUCUCAUAACGCAACUAACAGAAGUAGCACCUGGGGUAAUAUCGACAAUGAUGCUGAGAUCAUGUGUAAUUGUCAUCAGAACGCAAUUCAGUUAACAGUGAGAAAAGAAGGACCGAAUAAAGGACGUCUGUUUUACAAAUGCGCUAAACCGCAAGGUAGUGGUUGUGAUUUUUUUCUAUGGGCAUCUGAUGGAGCUGAACCUCAAAGUAGCGCAGCGACUUCAAGCCGUGUACCUGCGUUAAAUAGGGACGAUGGAAGUGCUGAUCACUUUUCUCGCGUUGGUACUUCUAAUAAUGAUUGGGGAGACUCGUCAACGAAUGAUGUUAUGUGCCAAUGUAAUCAACCUGCGCGAAAGCUGACAGUUCACAAAGAAGGACCCAAUAAAGGCCGACAAUUUUAUGGGUGUCCAAAAGGUAUGAACUCCACUUGUAACUUUUUUCAAUGGGCAGAUGAGAAUGAUAAUCAAAAUACGGAUUGGAGCAAUUCAGUUGUAAAUAGAGGAAAAAAUAAAACGCAUAGUAGAGGCGGUAGUGUUUCCAAAAGGCCAAGACUUACCGGCAGCAAGAGAAAAUGUGGAAAUUGCGGAAUGGAAGGUCACACGAGAAACAGAUGUCCAGAUAAUGCGAUGGACUGACCAGUGAAUUUUUUUUACGGAAUUGUAAAUAAUGUACAGUUUACAAUGU